GUGCAGCGCGGGCGCACACUCGACGAGGCUGUUUGUGUGCGCGGGUGCGCGUACGUUUGCGCAGAUGCGGCGUUCCAUUUUCGAAUACCAAAACAAAAUCGAAUGACAGUAUUCAACUAUACAAAUUAUUGAACGUUUAUUUUCAUGAACUUGGUUAUCGAAGUGAACUGUGUUUGUUAUCAAGUAUUGUAUUGAACCGGUUCAUCCUGAAGAACACGCCGUUAUUUCUAUGUGGGUCGAAUAAAAAGAUGUAGAACGUGCUCGAUUCACGGCAGUGAACAAAAUAUCUAAUAGUAGUGUAAUGGACUGAGUACAGUUUUGUGCCGUUAAAAUGCAUGCAAUGGACACAAUGGGUUAUGGCCAUAAGAAGUAUAGGCCCCCCCUGUCACCUACUAACUUUUACCAGCAUGACUACUACUCCAGACAUACUACACUACGUCCUCAGAGUGAAUAUCGGUUCGCUGGAGGAGGGUAUCCUCGGGCGAGCAGCAGUGGCGGUCGAAGCGGCGGGCUGUGCUCCGCGGCGUUGGUCGGCGGCGCCCUGCUCGCUGCUGUGGCUGUAUUGGCUGUUGCAGCAUUAGCAUUCUACAUGGGUGCACUUAGGCCUGACAAUGGAGAACCAAUGAUGUCCUUUGAGGGGACUCUUCGAGUGACCCGGGGAGAUGUGUAUGGAGGGGCUCCCGGCAGCCCCGCGUGGCGUGAGAGAGCGCGUCGAUAUGGUGCAGCGCUCCGGCAAGUAUAUGCGGCGCCGUCACCGUUGCGUCAAGCCUUUGCUGGUGCCCUAGUCACGGGCUUUGGGGACCGACGAUUGGAUGUACAUUUUAAAUUAUAUUUAGAUAGAAGAAAAAUACCAAGUUCUGUAGCAAAUAUAGAAGAAUCACUUAAGAAUAUUUUAGUUCAAGAUUUAACAUCGAAACAUCCUGCGUUUGGACAAACUAUAAAAGUUGAUACCUCGAGUAUAGUUAUUAAAAGGGAUUUAGAACAUACUUAUCAUUCUGAGUCGUACGUAAAAGAAGCUAUGAAUGAAAGCAUGACAACGAGUUAUCCAAAACCCUCAGGUUCACAGGUUCCAAAAGACAAGACCCUUCAAUCAAGAGUUGGAGUAGUUCGAAAAACUACCAUCAAACCAGGAAAGAAAGGAGAUCCUGAUGAGCCAGAUAUUGAUACGGAAAAUAUACCUGUUGUACAAGGUUCGUUUCAAAUUACAAAGACUGAAGCAGAUAUAACAGAGAACAAACACAAUUCUAGUCCGAUAAGACACGAUGAUAAAAAUCAUAAAACACAACCUGGCAAAAUAAAUACAACAACUAGAUCACCUCUAACCAAAACAUCUAGUAGUAAAAUAUGGACAACAAAACGUAUACCGACAACUACAUCAAAACCAAGACCGUUCACAAUAACUUCUACAUUUAAUAUAAAAACAAAAACAGAAUCAAUACCAAAACAUGAAUCAGAUAACAAUAUUCAAAAAUCAGUAUUAAGUACUACCACUUCAACUUCAACUACUCCUCCUACUACUACUAUUUUGACAACUACAAACAAUGUAUCCCAAAUUUUAUUUGAUCUUCUCACAAAUGAAAACCACUACAAAGAUUUACCAAAAAUAGAUUCACUAUUUACCGUCCCUCAUGUGGUAGAUAAUGAACCAUGGCGGCCUAUUACCAGGCCAUAUUACGAAACUACCAGUACAGUUCCCCCACAAUCAGAUAUCAAUGAUCAAAAUGCUGAAGAUAGAAUAGGAGUUGCUGAAGUGGUUGAAGACAUAUCUGUGUUGGAGAGUAUGUUGACUCCAAUACCCCCAGUAAAACAUCGAGAUAGAACUACUCGUAAACCGGAAGGUGUAUAUAAUGUAGAUUCUAAUUUGAGUGCACACGUUUAUGUUCCUAGUCCAGUGUACACAAGUUUUACACUGCCUACAUAUACGCCUCCACUUAAAAAUAUGGAAACUUUAGGCUCUGGUUACGUUAAACCUCAUCCGAUACCUGUAGAUAAAAUUAGUUCUGUAGUAGAAGUAUCACAAGUUGCAAACUUAGAUGAAGAUGAUGGAAAACCGGUUAUGAGACCGCCGAAAGAAAAGACAACAUUAGCAGUAUUAAAUGUAAUAAAACCUAAUGAACAAGAUAAUAAUACCAAAGAAAUAUCUGUCGAUGGAACAUCAAUACUGAAAAGACAUAAUAUAACUACUGAUCCUGUUAUAAGCACUACAGCUACUUCUUCAUCCAGUUCCACGCCUAUUAGUCCACCAAAUGUUAUUAUUACUAGUUCUGAAAGGACAACGGUACAUGAAACAGAUACUACCAAUGCUGAAACUACUGAAACUACUGAAGUAAAGGAAAAUAUUAAUAUAAGUUCAACUACAUCUUCACAAGAAGAACAAAGUAAUAGUACUCUUAAAGAAAAUUCAACAAGACGACCUAAUAACAAAGUAUCCAUAAUUCCCAUCACUGUCGUACCUCAUCAUACAUGGGAAUUAAUUAAUACUUCGGCCAAUAAUGAAAAUGGUACCUAUAAUAAAAUGUCUCCUGAAAAGUAUUACAAUGAUACUCUACAAGCUAUAAUAACCAAAAAUGAUGCUCUGUUUCCUAAUACAACACCUCGAUUUCAAAAUAAAAUAUCAAUUUUGAAAAAUUUAACGGAUAUUAUUAAGAAAUAUUCACAUAACGCAACGGAGAAACUGAAACAAGAGUCAAAUAGAUCAGACGUCGAAGAAAGACAUAGUCAUAAUAAAAUGACGGGGUCUGUAGAAGUUGUCCCUGAUGAAGAACUACUAUCACAGGCCACAACAACAGGAGUUAUUACAUUAUUGCCCGCUAAAUCCAACCUCGGAGUAAAUCGUCCUUUACGACCACGACCAAAAAUAAAACCUGAGGUUCAAACUACAGAAGAAAGCUUACGUAGUUUUUUUCAUGACCCAGAAAGACAAAAAUUAAUUCAGGAAUUUCACACUGAAAACAAUAUAGAGAUUAUGAAAUCAUCUACUGACUCCUCCGAUAUUUCCGAAAUUGUAAUUUCGCCUACUGCGGUAGAUGAAAAAGAAAUUAAAGAACCAUUGACUUUAAUAACUGUAACUGAUAACAUUCAAGUCACUGACAUGCCUAACAAUAUUUCAAGUAAGAACAGGCUUCCCAAAUCCAGCGAUGAUUUAAAUUCAUCAGUUAAUAAUAAAAAUGUCACAUCAAAAAAUGAAAAUGAUACAGAAGUACCUAAAGGUACAUAUAGAGUAUCAUACCAUGUUACCAGUAGUGUCAGUAGUAAACAGGCAAAUAAAACGCUUAACCUUCCUUCUUACGAAUUAGCUUUAAAGCCUGAUGUAGUACUCGAGAUACCACUUAAUCAAUCCAAUACCUUAACUAUAGAUAAAUUGAAACAACUAGCUAACCUAGCCACUAUAUCAGAUUCAAAUAACAAUACAUUAUUUCGUUCCCCUAGUGGUGUGAUAUCAACAAAAGCAAUACCUUCCAGUUACACAUUAAAUCAAGCUGGUUUUAAAAUUCUAACAAAAACUUAUAAUAAAAUUCAACCUUCAAAACAAGAUGAAAACAGUUUAAAUGUACCGGAAAAAUCUUAUAACAAACCUCAAUUUAAUAAACACCAGAUAGAAAAAGACAAUAUUUUAUAUGUGAAAGAGGAAUGUAACAACACAACGUCAUUUCGCUGCAACAGUGGUAGUUGUUUAUCACUGACUUCUCGCUGUAACCGAUUGCUUGAUUGUCCUGACGGAGAAGAUGAGCACGCGUGUUCCUGUGCUGACUACUUACGUGCUGAAUUCUCACAAGCAAAGAUAUGUGACGGUGUCGUUGAUUGCUGGGAUUAUUCGGAUGAAAAUAAAUGCGAUUGGUGUACGGAAGGACAAUAUGUAUGUGCUAAUGCUCGUCAGUGUAUUGAUAUGACGAAGGUGUGUGACGGAACUCCUGAUUGCCCUCUUGGUGAUGAUGAAAAAAGCUGUGUUACUCUCGCAGAUGAAUUAGAAAAUAAUGAAGUAGUACCGUAUAACGAAGAAGGUUUUGUCAUGGUGCGAAAACGCGGUGUCUGGGGUAGACUUUGCGUAGAGAGUUUUGACGAUGUUGUGUCGCAAGCACACAGUUCCCUCAAAUUGCCGGACCUUGGCAAAGCUGUCUGCCGUGCAAUGACAUUCCACGACUCUCCCUGGGCGCGAGAGGCUCGAGAAGGUCGCAAAGCUAGUUCGAUCGGGUAUUGGGAAGUGUGGCACAAUACAGCCGCACGCGCUUCCGACUCGCGGUUGACGUUCCGCCGAGCUAGUUGCGCACGCAAGCGGGCGCUGCGCGUGCGAUGCAAAGACCUCGAUUGUGGCAUCAGGCCACAUGCCGAUGCUCAGCAACCAAGGAAUAUAUCUAAAGUGGGCAUGCGUGUGCGCUGGAGCAGGGUGGUGGGCGGCGGUGGAGCGGCCGCUGGAGCUUGGCCGUGGCAGGCUGCGCUGUAUCGCGAUGGGGACUUCCAGUGUGGCGGCACCCUUAUCUCCGAACAGUGGCUGAUUUCCGCAAGUCAUUGCUUUUACCAAGCCACGGAAGCACACUGGGUAGCGCGUCUGGGCGCUUUGCGACGUGGUGCAUGGCCCCGUGGUCCCUGGGAGCGCGUGGCACGCAUACGACAAGUCAUCCUUCAUCCACGAUACGCCCCACACGGAUUCCGAAACGAUAUAGCGAUGCUCAGAAUGGACCCACUGUCUCUACACGCCAGACUGCGACCCGCAUGUUUACCGCCGCUUCGAGCCCAACCUCCGGCCGGUCAACAUUGUACUGUCGUUGGAUGGGGACAAUUGUAUGAGCAUGAAAGAGUUUUUCCGGAUACUCUGCAAGAGGUGGAAUUACCGGUGAUUUCAACAGCGGAGUGCCGUCGACGCACACGACUUUUGCCUCUGUACCGUGUUACUGAAGAUAUGUUCUGCGCCGGCUACGAGCGCGGCGGACGAGACGCCUGUCUCGGUGACUCCGGCGGACCUCUCAUGUGUCAGGAGUCGGAUAGGUGGUACAUAUACGGAGUUACCAGUAAUGGGUACGGAUGCGCGCGCGCCAAUCGACCGGGCGUCUACACCAAAGUAUCCAACUAUAUAGAAUGGAUAGACGACGUAAUGGCCGCUUAUACUGUCCACCGUAAUCAUAGCAGCCCGUCCGUCGAAUACGAAAUCGACGAAGACUUCUAUGCGGAUUUAGAAGCAGCCGAAAACAAGCGACCCUUAAGGAGAGACACGUGUAAAGGAUUUAGGUGUCCUCUCGGAGAAUGUCUGCCGGCAUCGAGUGUUUGCAACGGAUUCUUGGAAUGCUCCGAUGGCAGCGACGAAUGGCAGUGCAACAGGGCUGUAGAGAACAGCUCUAGUACGCACGCCCCCGACUAACCAUUAUAUUUAUUCUAUAUAUUUUAAAUUAUUAUAAGCCAGUACUUAGUUUUUAGAGUACUUUUUCUAAAUUCGACUGAUAUCUUGUAAGUAGAUAUAAGUAAUAAAUCUCAACUGGACUUUAAUUUAUAA